AUGUUCAACAGCCAGGUCAAGGUCAUGUACUUCCACCGCCGAGACCAGUUAUCCCCGGCCGUGAUCCGCAUAUUGGACCAGCAUGUGGAGUACAUGAAGGAUCACCUCCCGGCCUUCUGGCACAUUCUACAUUGGUUCAUGAUGAAGACCAAGCCGGAGGACGACGAGAAGUGCGACGACCUCACGAUCUACGAACGGGCUCAAGACCUUCACCGCAAGCGCCAGGCGUUCCACGACGGGGUUGCGCGCACCUUCGAGGCCCGCAUCAAGCGUCUGAUCAAGGCCGGCAUGCCAAAGACGAUGUCAACCAAGAAGGACGAUGGCACGCGUUACACCCUGGCUGACCAGAUCGCGAUGGCCGAACUCGAAGACCCCGGCCGGACUCAGUGGACUACCGGUACGGAUGACGAGCGUCUGGCGCACGUCCCAGCCAAGAUCGUCAACAAGAUGCUGCUCCCAGAGCACGAGUGCGUCGACAACUGGGUCUCGACCAAGUUCCAGUGA